AUGACCGGCUGCUGGCGGGAAAAGAACCGGAGCAUCAGCGGCUUUCCUCCCGUCAGUGUCCCGGUCUGUGCUCCUCAUGACGGACGGACAGGACAGCAGCGUCCUGCAGCGGCGGAACACACAGGCGACACCGGGCCGACGGUGGUGAAGGUGGAGUCAGAUGUCUCAGGUGUGUCGGGGUCUGUCCUGACGGCGUCACAGAAUACGGAGCUUCACUUCCUGCGUUCGCGGGUUCGAGAGCUGGAGAGAGAGAAGGCGGAGCUGUCGGCAGAGAACCAGAGACUGAAGAACAUGCUGGUCCAUGAAAUCCCUGGGCUCCUGUCCACCAUGUGGCAGACGUUGGGCCAGGCCAAGAGUCAUCAGUCUGUCUCCAUGGCGACGGGUAGUUACGCUCCAUAUACGCAUCACCACCACUCGACCAAUCAGGACGAGGACCUCAGCCCCCAGGUGUCCUUCCAGCAGCUCCAGGACGAGCUGAGCGGGGACAUGUUGGACUCCUGGGGCCCACUGGGCUCCGAGGACGAGGAGGUGCCAGGAGGAGCAGACCUAGGCCUGGGGAGCCACAUGGGGGAGGAAGCGCCGCUCUGCAGCCAGACCGACAUGGAGGAGCUGAGGAGGAGCUGCUCUGAGAGCCACUGUACUGCUGGACUGGUUAACGGACACGUGAGCCAGGUGGAGGUGUAUCCAGGCUCUGGUGUUCUCUGUGAAGUCCGCUCGUGGCAGGCAGCCAAUCAGGCGCAGUCUCCCACAGCGAUGGCACGGACUCUGCUGAUGGGUGUGUUUGAUAUGAACACACUGAUGAACAGUAACCUGCGAGGAGGACGGAGCCGGCGACCCGCCUUCCACCCACAGCGCAGCGCACUUGACCCACACAAGAUCAACGCUAUCUUCAACGCUAUCCUGGCUCGGUUUCCUCUCGCCAAAAAAGGAGUCAUCGGCUCAGGAAUAAACUCCAAACUGUCUGAGAUCCGUUUCCGCUCCCGGAGAGCCAAUCGAGACCCUCGAUUCCUCUGAUGGACAACCAAACAGCUUCUCCUACCUCACACGAAAACCUCUAGUCCUCCAAUGAGAACACAGCGCACAGAACAGUCUGGAGCCUCUGGACCAAUGAGCAUUUGUCGACAGUUUAAUUUAAAUCUCUGUUCCAGUUUCAAAUACAAAGACUCAAAACGACACUAAGAGACUCAAAACAAUUAUGGAGACUUCAAAUGACUACAACUACAAAGAGACUUAAAAUGAACAUAACGACUACAUACGACUACACAGAGACUCAAAACAAAGAUUCAGAGCAUCGUGCUUGUUUUUGUUUAAUUUUUUUAUUGAUUUUAUAUUUUUUGUAUUUUAUGUUGACAUGUUGUAACAUCACAUGAGUUCAUGUAAAUUUUAUGUAAAUGACAUCAUCAAUUAACACUAAUAAAAGUCAUGUGGAACGUCAUGUUUCCGCC